UGGAAACUCUCUCACUCCCUUUCAAUUUUCUUUUUCCACCUUCAAUUUCCGUCGUCAUCAUCAUCAUCAUCAUCAACAUCUGUAUUGUGAUUCCAUUUUCUUGUUUUGUGAACAGGAAGAGAAACGUUUCGCGAAAGCAAAAGUAAUUCCACCAACUUUCUCAUCAGAGAAGCAGGUACUGCAGUUUGGUUUUUAUUUAUUUUUUGAUAUGGAAGAAGAGACACAAGUGAGUCUAGAAGUUCCGGUCACGAAGGCUGUUGAGGAAGCUGUAAUUAAUGCUGAUCCCAUUAAGGUAACAAAUGGAGACUUGCCUCAACUAGGAAAAGAAGGAAAGAAAGAAGAGGAAGAAACUGAUGGAGAAUUCAUAAAAGUUGAGAAGGAAUCUAUAGAUGUGAAAGAUGUUUUACAUACCAGCGUAACAGCAUCUGUAGAGGACAACAAGCUAAAAGCCAUUGAAAGAAGCUCAAGCAAUUCGAGCAGAGAAAUAUUAGAAUCCCAAGAGAAGAUGAGAGAACUUGAGUUUGAAUUGGAAAGCCUAGCUGGAGUAUUAAAGCAUUCUGAAUCUGAGAACUCUCAGCUGAAGGAUGAGAUUUCAGUGACAAAAGAGAAGUUGGUGGAAAGUGGAAAGAAAUGUGCAGAGCUUGAACUCAGUCACAAGAAAUUGCAAGAGCAGAUUAUAGAGGCCGAGGAGAGACACAGUGCACAGCUUGAUGCUUUGCAUGAGUCAUUGCAAGCUCAAGAAGCAAAAAGCAAAGACCUGAUUGAGGUGAAGGAAGCAUUUGAUAGUCUCAGCCUUGAGCUUGAGAGCUCAAGAAAGAGGAUGCAGGAGUUGGAGCAUGAGCUGCAAUCUUGUGCAGGAGAUGCACAAAAGUUUGAGGAGCUGCAUAAACAAAGUGGUUUACAUGCUGAAUCCGAGACGCUGAGAGCCUUGGAGUUUGAGAGAUUGCUUGAAGUUGCAAAACUGAGUGCAAAAGAAAUGGAGGAUCAGAUGGCUUCCCUACAAGAAGAACUCAAGGGACUGUAUGAAAAGAUUGCUGAAAAUCAGAAGGUUAAAGAAGCACUUAACACUACUGCAGCAGAGCUUUCUGCUGUUCAAGAGGAAUUGACGCUUUCAAAAUCCCAAGUGCUGAACAUGGAGCAGAAACUUUCUUUAAAAGAAGAUCUUAUAAGUGAACUGGCCCAGGAACUGGACUUGAGAAAGGCUUCAGAAUCUAAGGUGAAGGAAGAUAUCUCCUCACUUGAAAAUGUUUUAGCCUCAACUAAAGAAGAUCUUCAAGCAAAGAUUUUGGAAUUGGAAGAAAUCAAAUUGAAACUACAGGAAGAAGCGAACGCAAGGGAAUUGGUUAAAAAUGCAUUGAAAACCCAGGAAGCACAAGUCUCAGAUGUACAGGAGGAAUUGUCUAGUGUACUUAAAGAAAAAGAUGUGCUUCAAGCUGCUGCGAAAGAUCUCAGUAUUUCUCUAAAACAGGCGGAAGAGAUUCGGAUCCAGCUUGAGGAAAAAUUGAGGGUUUCAGAUGAGAAUUUCUGUAAGUCAGAUUCUCUUCUGUCUCAAGCUUUGUCAAACAAUUCAGAGCUUGAACAGAAGUUGAGGUCUCUGGAAGAGCUUCAUAAUGAAACUGGAGCUGCAGCAGCAACUGCAACUCAAAAGAAUCUCGAGCUUGAGGACAUAAUCCAGGCUUCAAUUGCAUCAGCAGAAGAGGCAAAAUCACAACUGAGAGAGCUUGAGACACGAUUUAUAGCAGCAGAACAGAAGAAUGUGGAGCUUGAGCAACAGUUGAAUUUUGCAGAACAAAAAAACAGUGACACUGAGAGAGAACUAAAAGAACUUUCUGAGAAAAUCUCUGAACUUAAUGCUACAUUGGGAGUGAUUGAGGAAGCAAAAGUUCAUCUGAAUGAUCAAAUGCAGGAAUACAAGGAAAAGAUAAACCAGUUGGAAUCAGCCCUAAACCAGUCCUCAUCACGAAAUUCAGAGCUGGAGGAGGAGUUGAAGAUUGCUAUGGGGAAAUGCACUGAGCAUGAGGAUCGGGCCAAUAUGAACCAUCAGCGCAGCCGUGAACUAGAAGAUUUGAUCCAAAUAUCCCAUUCAAAAGUGGAUGAUUCUAGUAAAAAGGUAAGUGAGUUAGAGUUGUUACUCGAAGCAGAGAAGUAUAGAAUUCAGGAACUUGAAGAACAGAUAAGCACAUUAGAAAAGAAAAGUGACGAUGCAGAAGUAAAUUCCAAGAAAUACUCUGACAAGGUAUCAGAACUUGAAUCAGAAAUUGAGGCAUUCCAGGCUAGAGCAUCAAGCCUUGAAAUUGCACUGCAAACAGCCAACGAAAAGGAAAUAGAGUUGACAGAGUCCUUGAAUAUUGCAACAGAUGAGAAGAGAAGGCUAGAAGAUGCAUCAAACAGUUCUGGCGAGAAGCUUGCUCAAGCAGAAAAUCUGUUAGAGGUCUUGAGGAACGAAUUAAACCUGACACAAGAGAAGUUGUCAAGCAUUGAAGAUGAUCUUAAGGCUGCUGGUAUGAGAGAGAGUGAGGUAAUGGGGAAGCUUCAAUCUGCAGAGGAGCAACUAGAGCAACAAGGAAGAGUGAUAGAGCAAACUACUUCAAGAAACUCAGAGCUUGAGUUGUUACAUGAAUCCCUAGCAAGGGAUUCUGAUAGUAAACUCCAGGAAGCUAUAGCAAACUUCACCAACAGGGAUUCUGAGGCAAAAUCUUUGUUUGAGAAAUUGAAGAUUCUUGAAGACCAAAUAAGGAUUUAUGAAGAGCAGGUAGCUGAAGCUGCAGUAAAGUCUGCAUCUUUGAAGGAAGAAUUAGAUCAGGCUUUAUUGAAGUUGGCUUCUGUAGAAAGCAUAAAUGAAGAACUCAGAGGGCAGAUCUUGGAAGCAGAAAAUAAAGCUUCUCAGUCUUUAUCAGAAAAUGAGCUAUUAGUUGAGACCAAUCUUCAGCUCAAAAGAAAGGUUGAUGAACUCCAGGAGUCACUAAGCUCUGUUCGUUCCGAGAAGGAAGCCACUUCUCAGCAACUUGUUUCUCACAGUAACACUAUUGCUGAGUUAACAGAGCAGCACUCAAGAGCCUUUGAACUACAUUCUGCAGCUGAGGCUCGCAUUGUGGAAGCAGAAAGAAAGUUAGAAGAAUCCAUUCACAGAUUCAAUCACAGAGAUUCAGAAGCCAAAAAUUUGAGUGAGAAGCUAAGUGCUCUAGAAAGCCAGAUAAAAGUUUAUGAAGAACUUUCUCAACAAGCAUCUGAGUCUGCCGAAGCCCAAAAAAUUGAGCUGGAAGAGACUCUCCUAAAGUUGAAGCAUGUAGAAAGCAUUGUUGAGGAGCUGCAAAAUAAGUCAAGUGACUUCGAAAAAGAGAAUGGAGGGCUGGCUGAGGCAAAUAUGAAGCUUACUCAGGAAGUGGCCAUGUAUGAAUCUAAACUGAGUGAUUUACAGGCAAAAUUGUCUGCAGCCCUUGCUGAGAAGGACGAAACAGUUGAAGAGCUUAACUCUUCGAAGAAGGCCAUAGAAGAUUUGACACAGCAGCUUGCUUCUGAAGGACAGAAACUACAAUCUCAGAUAUCUUCAGUUAUGGAAGAGAACAACCUGCUCACUGAAACAUAUCAAAAUGCCAAGAAGGAACUUGAGUCUGUGAUUUUGCAGCUUGAACAACAGCUGAAGGAGCAGAAUGCAAAAGAAGAUGCUUUGAGAAGCGAUAUUGAAAAUCUCAAGGCUGAGAUUGCUGAGAAACCUGUGUUGCAAACUCGUCUCAAGGAACUUGAGGAACAAUUGCUGAAAAAUGAAAAUCAACUGAAAGAAGAGGUUCAAAGCAUUCAGCUGGCGGCUGCUGGAAAAGAGGCAGAAUUGCUUUCAAAAUUGGAUGACCAUGCACAUAAAGUCCAUGAUAGAGAUUUGUUACAUGAAAAAGUGCUAGAACUACAGAAAGAGUUACAACUUGCUCAGAGCACCAGUGUGGAACAGAAAGAAAAGGAUUCUCAAAAGGAGUCGGAAAGAGAAGCAGCCCUGAAGCAUUCUCUUGAAGAGCUUGAAGCAAAGAACAAAGAAAUCUUGCUUCUAGAUAAGCAAGUCACAGAGCUUGAGCAGAAAUUGCAGCUGGCUGAUGCUAAACUGUCACAAAAGGGAGAUGGGGGAAGUCCAGCUGAAUACAAGGAAGGAUUGGAGGUCAAAUCCAGGGACAUUGGAUCAGCCAUUUCCACACCAUCUAAAAGGAAGAGCAAGAAAAAAUCAGAAUCAACUUCUGCUCAAACCUUGUCUUCUUCGGAGACACACACUCAAACUUCUGAGGUUUCUCCUCUCAUGAACUAUAAGUUUAUCUUGGGAGUAGCUCUUGUCUCUGUGAUCAUUGGCGUAAUUCUUGGUAAACAAUAUUAGCUUCAGUAUUUUGUGGAUUUUGGUUUUGGUUUUGGUUUUGAUCUUUUUUUAAUUUUUACCUUUGAUAUAAAUUAUCCAGGGUAGAUUUUGAAAGCGUUGUUUGUACGCUUUCAUGAUUAGGUCUUGGGGUUGUUCAGGGAAUUCGUUUUUCAUUUAUAUCCCUUGCCCAUUUGCAAAGCAAAAUUACAGUUCAUGUUUUAUUCAAGUUUGUAUUUAAUUUAUUGAUUGGGUUGCAAAUACUUUGUGGUUAUGUAAAGUGUAUUUAUUUGAUGCCAAUGGUUGAAUCUCUUUCCACCAUAAAUAAGAGAUGGUUUGUGAA